CCAUGGCGUACCCCGGGCACCCUGGUGCCGGCGGCGGGUACUACCCGGGCGGGAAUGGAGGGGCUCCCGGAGAGCCUUCAUUUCCUGGACAAACUCAGAAUCCACUGUAUGGUUACUUUGCUGCAGUAGCUGGACAGGAUGGGCAGAUAGAAGCUGAUGAGUUGCAGAGGUGUCUUAUACAGUCAGGCAUUGCUGGAGGAUACAAACCUUUUAACCUGGAGACUUGUCGACUUAUGGUUUCAAUGCUGGAUAGAGAUAGGUCUGGCACCAUAGGAUUCAAUGAAUUUAAGGAACUCUGGGCUGUGCUGAAUGGUUGGAGACAACACUUCAUCAGUUUUGACAGUGACAGAAGUGGAACGGUGGACCCUCAAGAGCUGCAGAAAGCAUUGAGUACUAUGGGAUUUAGAUUGAGUCCGCAAACUAUGAAUUCAGUUGCAAAAUGAUAUAGCACCAGUGGGAAGAUCACCUUUGAUGACUACAUUGCCUAUUGUGUCAAACUGAGAGCUCUCGCAGAUAGCUUUCAAAGAUGGGAUUCUGGUCAGCAAGGUGUUGUGAACUUCUCAUAUGAUGAUUUCAUUCAGUGUGUCAUGACUAUGUGAAUCAAAAGGAAGCUGU